UGCUGGUCGUUGAAUGGAGCUGGGUCAUGGCGUUGAGAUGGAGAUCUCUGGGAGAUUUUCGCCGUCUGAUAUUACUUGCACCUGGGAGGUCUCUGGUGGACCAACGUCCUGAACUUGGCUCUCCCACCUCAGAGGCACAGGCCUGACGCCCAGCCGGAGCACCAAGACCCUGUCAUGCACACGGCUCAGAAUAAAAGGGAGAAAAAAAGAAAGAAAGAAAGAGAGCAACCAAACCAAAAAACAAAUCCACCAGUGGUAACAAGUGCUAGAAACUAUACUAAAAAAAAAAAAGAAACGGACAGAAAGAACCCGAGGACAGAUGUGAAUCAUCAUCCAAGGACCUACCAGAGACCACAAGAAAACAUGGGGAGAAUUUUCCUCACAGGAGAAAAAGCCAAUUCAGUAUUAAAACGCUACCCAAGAGCUAAUGGACUUUUUGAAGAGAUAAGGCAGGGCAAUAUUGAACGUGAAUGCAAAGAAGAAGUCUGCACAUUUGAAGAAGCAAGAGAAGCUUUUGAAAAUAAUGAAAAAACUAAGGAGUUUUGGAACACUUACACAAAAGCACAACAAGGAGAGAGUAACAGAGGAAGUGACUGGUUUCAGUUUUACCUUACCUUUCCAUUAAUCUUUGGCCUCUUCAUUAUCCUCCUUGUCAUUUUCCUCAUCUGGAGAUGCUUCCUAAGAAACAAAACUCGCAGACAGACGGUGACUGAAGGCCAUAUUCCUUUCCCUCAGCACCUCAAUAUUAUCACUCCGCCUCCCCCACCAGAUGAAGUCUUUGAUAGCAGCGGAUUGUCGCCAGGCUUUCUGGAAUAUGUAGUUGGGCGCUCAGAUUCCGUCUCCACUCGCCUGUCCAACUGCGAUCCCCCACCGACCUACGAGGAAGCCACUGGUCAGGUGAACCUGCGGAGGAGUGAAACAGAACCUCAUUUAGAUCCACCCCCGGAGUAUGAGGACAUCAUCAACUCCAACUCAGCCAGUGCCAUUGCUAUGGUGCCUGUGGUCACCACCAUCAAAUGAAACUGCACACUUCUUUUUAUUAUAAUCAUUUUUAAAAUACUAAUGAAAGAACUUUCUAGCACUUUACCACUACAUAAAUGUGCAUUUGACUUAUUGGAUUCUGACAGCAUACCACUUCACAUCCUCUGAUUUGAUUUUCAUUAGUUUUGUUUCCUACUAUAAAUUCAUUAUCCAUGCUCAUUUUUGCUAAUGGAAAUAUGUUGAGGGAAAAAUACUAGUGGAGGUCUUCAUGGGAGGAGAUGUACAUGUGUGUACGCAUAUAUGUUUAUGUAUAUAUGUACAUGCACAUAUAUGUGUUUGUACAUCAGCCCAGUAUAUGGGCAACUGUCUUAAAAAGUCAUUAACAUCUAUCUAAAUCACCUGUAAAGUUAGAACAUUACUCACCAAAAUCGGGGUAGGGGAGAAGGCACCACCAAGUUGUGUAACAGGUAGCAACAUGCUGUUGAAUUUUGAAAAUAAGAUGAACUUAGCAUGUCUUCUAAUUCUUACAGGCUUUUGUUAACCUUCUUCAACUACCUUAAAAGGAAAAAAAAAAUGCAUGUAGUCAAUCUUGACUUUAGGAACAUCUCAGGAGGCAACAGAGAAGGAAGGUACAAUAAAUAAUACCUUGCUUAUUAACAGUGGACAGCAAGAAAAUCAUGGGUCCUUAGUGGCAUUGGGCUGGUUUUGUAGGAGGGAUUUUUGUUGCUGUUUGUUAUUGACUGCCUCCCCCACAAAAAUUAAACAGUAUUUGCUCAGUAUCUUUGCAUGUCUCAUGCUAUUUGUAUUAACAUCUUGAUGGAGUGGAUUUCCUGGCAAAAGAAUAAUUUCUCAAGUAGAUACACGUAUUAAUGACAGGGAACAGAUGCAGAUUUCUCCUUUGCCCAUUGGCGACAGUAUUUUUUUCUCGUUGUUUCAUUGCCCUUUACUCUACCUUACUCUCCUUCUCCUACCACCACAGAAUCUUCAAGCACCUAAGAAUUUAGUUAAAAUUCCUGAAAUUAUUUUCUUAAUGUUUUUAUAUAGAGUGAAGCCUUUGUCUCAAGAUGAUUAGGAGGCAAUUUUCCAUUAAAUUAAGAACUGUGAUUUUUAUAUUGUUCUCCAGUUGGUGGAGGAAGAUUGCAAAGUCUGUGCUGUGCCAGGUGCACAAUAAAUCUAGUUAUACCUGCACACAGACCUCAUUGUUGCUAUUUCAUUUUGUAUUUUCAUCAGAUUUUUUUUUUUAACUGCAGGAUUUUUACUUUUCCCUUGGAGCAGGGGGAACAGGCUGUGAAUGAACUGCCAACAUAAACUGGCUCAGAAAGGAAAAAUAAAUCUUCUACAUGCACUGAUGGAAAAUUCAUUAUAUCGGUCAGGGAAAUGUCUGUGCCACUCCCAUGACUGCGUAGUGUUGGAUAAAACGGUUGAGCAGGCAGAAGGAAUGCAGGUUUCGGAAGUGUCAUACCCUGCUGCCUCCAUCUCCAGCCCACCCAGACUCCCCCAAACCAAAGGAAGGAGGACCCUGAACUAAGGAGUCAGAUGACCUGAAUUCGAAUUCCGCUCUGCCAUACACUUGCCAGGCUACCUUGGCAAAGACCCACAUCUGACCCUCAAAUUCCUCCCCUCUGAAACAGCAAUAGUAUGGUGUGCCCUGCCUUUCUCCUGGGGCUUUAAAAGUAUCUAAUGAGAUGGGUGUGCAUGAAAGUCAUUUGUAAGACGUGAAGAGCUCUCUAGGUGAAAGGUCAUAGCAUUGUUCCCAUUGCUCCUGUGAAGGGAGAAUUUUCUCCCCGUUUUCCUAAAAUGUAUGUGUUUUCACAUAGUGAGGAAGUAGAGUAGGCGGCUCCGUAAAUGGCUAACGUGCUCCUAAUCUGAGUCUGUGGGCUCUUAGUUAAACACCUGUCAUUCUCUGGUCUCUACCAAUGCUGGGCCUACUUAAUGACGACUGCCAGCUCAGCACAAACAGGAUUAAGCAAAUGUUGGAAAGGGAACUAAGAUGUCUAUGUUUAGAUAAUAGGUUUUAUAGCUUUCAUGGACUAAAAAUGAAUAAAUCUUGAACCUGGUCUCAGCAGAAAUGACAAUAUUAUUUUGAAUUUGGUCAUGAGUACAUGGUGAUCUGUGGCUUCUAUUUAAAGCUGAGAGUGGGAGUGUUUGAGCCAGUGAUUUGUGUGCAUGUGUGUAGGUAUGUAUUUUGGUUUAUUUUUAAAGCAAAAGUAAGGCUCCUUUUGUGUGGACUUCUUUCUUGUCAUUAAUAACAGGCCUUAGAUUAAACCAGCAGUUUUCAAAGUGUGGCCAAUGAACCCCUGGGUGUCCUUGAGAACCUUUGAGGGGAUCUGUGGGAUCAAAAGUAUUCUCAUAAUAAUAACCAAGACAUUAGUUGUCUUUCCACUCUCUCUCUCUCAAAAAGUAGUUAAAAAUGUAAAAGCCAUCUUCCCAUGAAUUUUUUUUUGUUUUAGAAAAUAUAACUAUUUUCUUUAAAGUGUUAUUUAUGUUAGCAUGUAAUGGACUUUUUACUUUUUAAAUGAAUAAAUACUUAAAAAUUUUUUGUUUUACUUUCUUAGAUGGCAAAUACUGGUAGAUAUAAACUCCAUAAACAAAAGCUCUUUGGUGUCCGGAUCCCCAACAAAUGUUGAGUAUAAAAGGGUUUGGAGACCAAAAGUUUGAGAAUUACAGGAUUAGACAAAGAAGCAGGAUGUUCUAUUACUAAGUAUGUAUUCUUGCAAUUUUAUUUUACAUUCUAAACUCCUGGUAUUGGACUUAAUGCUGCCUCUUAGAGAUACCUGAAUUUCAGUGUAAGAAUGAAUGUUGAUCCUUGAAGGAAAAGCCAAAUGAUUAAACUGAUCAAUGACUACAGCUUUUUAGACUGUUGGUCACAGACCACACUACUCCACAGUGAUAAUUGGCAUCAGCCACAGGUCUCCUGGCAGCAUUCAGGUGAUAAUGACAAGAUAAGUAAAUUUUUAAGAUAAACAAAAUAAAUACUUUCUUCAAGAAACAGUCUCUUCGGUUACUUUGUUUUGUUUGCUAUUGGUUUGGGUUUGACAUUUUUAGAAACCCUUUUGCUACCCCAUCUGGUUUUAUAAACUGCGUUUCUUAACAUUUGUUAUAAUUAAAGGGGCUUAUCUGGAAUAACAUUUUUUAUGCUUUGGCCUUUCUUACCUGACUAUUACAUUCACCUUUGAUUAUUUUUAAUAAAGGUUUAUUUUUACAGAUAUAUUUAGUACCUUCCUUAAGCAGUAACUAAACUGAAUCAACCAAUGUGCAUUUAAAUGAAAGAAUGGGCUUCCGGGUCUUCCAGUGGACCCGUUUCCAGGCCUCCACAUGCACUGCUUGUGUCUGGAAUUCUAGAACUGGCACUUUUCUGCCUUCCUGCUUUGAAUGUUACAAUGAACUGUAUCUGUUUAAAGUAAAUUAAAUGAUUUCUUGUUUUCCUAUUGACCAGUACAAAUACAGAUGCUGUGUUUGAUUCAUUGUUACUGAUGACUUCAAGAUUGAUGAUCUGAUAGGAUUAACUGUGGAGGUAGCUUUAACUUGGUUCUGUGUAAAUAGCAUGUAUUUUAUAAUAUUACACAUUUUUAAACACUUGGUUUACAUUAAAUUAUGGUAUUUAACUAUUUUUAUGUUUAUUCUAGGUAAGGUUUUUCUUAUGUUUCUGUGUUUUUGGUAUGCUAAAUAAAGCUAUUUUUAAACCCAA